AUGCAAACAUUUGGUUCAUCUCACAAAGCUGGCCGUUCUGGCGAGGCAAGAGGGCUCGGCCCGAAGCCCUCCGACGUUGCGGCAGCAGGCGCUGGCAUCUUUGCACUGCCAGAAGUGGCGAAGGCUGACAGUGAGGUGCUUUCUGCGUUCUUAGGCACAAGUGAUGGUUCUGCGGGAGAAGGUAGCUACAUCAAGUGGGGCUUUGAGCAGCAAGCCUUCGCUGUCGUGUUUUUUGUACUUUUUCCGUUUGGCACCCUCUAUCUCAUCUUUUCUGGCCGCUUGGGCUGGUGGAAUUACGACGAGAGUGGAAAGGAGUACACUGCUGAGGAAUACCGGAAGAUGAACAACGUGGAGAAGCCGACCUGGGGGCGAUUCCCGUGGGAGCUGGAAAGCGAUCUUUACAAAAAGUAG